UUCGGUUUCAUCGCUUCCUGUUGGAAACUCUGGAGUCUGGCGAGGAGAACAGAACUCUGGUGUGAAGGUUCAGGAUCGGGGACGAAUGUGGGAGGUUCUGAAGGUUCCAGAUGUUCUACCAGCUGGCAGGUUGGAGAGAAACAGCAGGUUUAAUUCUUUAGAAGAACUGAGGAGCUUCUGGAGGUUCUGGUCCUGAGCUUCUUCUGAUUCCAGGAGCCGGAUGUUGCUGCUUGAGUUUUACAGAAGAGGUCAGAUGUUCUGGAGGUGAACAACCAACGGUAUCGUUUCACAGUGAGAACACCAGAGAUGGAUGUUAGAGUGGAGGCAACAAUUCAUCUGAAUCAAUUUCAAGACAAGACUGAAGUCCUACAAAUCCUCCGAUCACACGGCUUUCAGCUGUCAGAUCUGGGUGAAGGCCAGGUGCACGUUCGAGGUUAUUUUUCCAAACUGAAAGCAGUGAAGGUCCGUUUGGAGCAGCUGAUCGAGCCUCAAACCAAGACGACACUGCGUUCGCCUUCCCCUUCUUCUGGAGCCAUUUCCAAAUACUACAAUAAGGACAGCAGAGGCAGAUCCCAAUCCAGAGACAAGCCUCCACAUCCUUCUCCAUCUUCACCAUCCUCCUCCUCAGAAGGAGCUUCAAAACUCAACUGUCCGACCUCUCAGGACUACGCAGCAUCUUCUUCUUCUCCAGACCGACAUGCUUCAGUCAGGACCAGACAUGAGACCGUCGUGGUCGAUGCAGAUGUGUUCAGGUACGCCGAGCGGCUCAGGAAAAGAGACAUCGACUCCAUCCAGGACAGUCACCAAGUCAGGAUACAGGUUCAGGAGAACAGCAGCAGCUCCACCAUCACUUUACAGGGGAGGAGCUCCAAGUCAGCUGCUGGUGAACUUCAGAAGCUCCUGGAUGAUCUCAACAUAUCACUACGUACUCAGGAGGUUCCUCUCAGGGACAUGGAUCGGGACGGCAAAGCUCUUCUAGAGGAAAUCCGGAGAAACCAAAACAUUUUUGGCUCGGUGCUGGUGUGUCAGAUGGAAGAUAGACUUCACCUCAUUGGACUGUCUGUCGAGAGCUACGAGGUGAAGCAAAGGCUGCUGGGACGGCAGAUAAGGCCUUCAGAACGUCCAGGAAGACCCUUCAAUAGGAACCUCAGGAACAGGAGCAGCUCUCUGCCUCCGAACAGCAGAAAGAACACAGAAAGUAGGUCCAACCCUCCUCCUGGUGGAGCUGCAGCUUUCUCCUCAUCCAGGAACCAGGAGGACAAACCAGAAGCUGCUGAUGCUCCUCCUAAAAGUGCAGCCUCGAGAGGAAGAAGCAACUCUGAGACUCGAGGAAGAAAAGGACCAGAAAGAGCUAAUUACUUCGAACCACAAAGAGAAAGUAGCUCCAACCCUCCUCACGGUGGAGCUGCAGGUUUCUCCUCAUCCGGGAACCAGGAGGACAAACCAGAAGCUGCUGCUGGAAAUCCUCGCAGCAGAACCUCGAGGACAAGAAGCCAAUCUGAGCCUCGUAGACCGAAAGGAGCAGAAAGAGAAACUGAUUUUAACCCUCGUCCUGGUGGAGCUACAGGUUUCUCCUCAACCUGGAACCAGGAAGACAAACCAGAAGCUGCUGAUGCUCCUCCUAAAAGUGAAGCUUCGAAGACAAGAAGUGAGUCUGAGCCUCGUAGACCGAAGGAGCCAGAAAGAACAAAUGACAUUGAACUAAAAAGAGGAAAUAAACUCCUGCCAUCUAAAUCCCGCAGAAGUUUCUUCCAGCGGCUGUUUAGUUGGAAAUUCCUUCCGCUAAAUUUAAAAAAAAAACAAUAAAAGAUGAAUGCUGCUUUAGCUCAUCUUCUGGAUGGAAAACUGAUCUUCUCCAAGUCUCAGUUCUCUUCAGAUACAUCAGGUUGUUCUCCAGGAUUUCUCUAUUUACCCUCUACCUUUACAAGCCUUCAGGACCUGCUGCUGAGGAACAUCAUGAUGCUGCCACCACCGUGCUUCACAUCAUGAUGCUGCCACCACCAUGCUUCACGUCAUGAUGCUGCCACCACCGUGCUUCACGUCAUGAUGCUGCCACCUCCAUGCUUCACGUCAUGAUGCUACUACCACUAUGCUUCACAUCAUGAUGCUACCACCACCGUGCUUCAAACAUUGCAUCUACUUUGGUGACCAAAAAGCUCCAUCCUGGUCUCCUCAGACCAAAGAACCUUCUUCCAGGUGUCUUCAGAGUCUCCACAUGUCUUCUGGUGAACUCUGGUCCAGAUUUAAUUUAAACUUUUUCCAACAGAGUAUUUCUUUUUGUCUCCAUAAAGCUUUGACUGGUGAAGAACAGACGACAGUUGUUGGAUGAACAGUCUGAAGCUGGAACUCCUUCAGAGGAGUCAUAGGAGUCUUGGUGGCCUCCCUCACUAGUCUCUUUCUCCUUCAGAGGAAUCAAAUGAGCUCUGAACCUCUAACACCAACUCCGACUCUCAGAUGUUCAUCCUUUUAGAUAAAAGCUGAAUGAAACUGUAGAACCAACGCUGGAGGCUCAGUCCGACACAAAAACCAGCGUUUGGGCGUUGAAGGUAUAAAGUCUGACAUUUUAGGAAACACACUUUUCUUUUUAAAUACGUUUUGGUCUGGCUUAUGUCUGCUAAUCCACUGUUCAUUUGUACUAAAAAAAACAUACAUACACAUUUCUGUUCUUUGUUUCAAAACCCAAACUUUCCAAAAACAAACAAAAUAAUCCAAAUUACUUUUUUCUUUGAAAACCAAGGCACGAGUUUUUUUUUUUUAGUUUUUUUUUUUUAUAGCAAAGUUUAGUUGUCGAUGAAUUUUUUGUUUCAAAAUGAGAAAACCAAACUCAAAAUAACUCCAAAUGAGUUAUUUUUUUCUUAAUUUUUUUCUUUCUUUAUUUUUUUUAACCAAUGUCUUUUGUUGUUUUGUGCUUGGAACAGUGACUCUCAUAUAAACUAAUUUUGUCUUGUUUGUUUAAGUAAAACCAAAAUGUAAAACCAGCAGAUUUUGUUAUAUUCACCAAUUUUUGUGGUAAUUUUGCAUCUAUUUGUGGAAAUGUUGUGUCUCAUUGUGGUAAAUUUACCUUUUUUGUGUUGAUUUUGGGUGUUUUUGUGCUGAUUUUUGUGUUUCUUUGUGGUAAUUUUGGUCCUUUUUUGGUGAUUUGGUCAGAACUCAGAUGUGUUUUUCCUCCUAAAUGUCAUGGUUCUAUCUGCUGGACUGAUGAAGUUCUGAGGCUCAGAAAUGAUGGAAAAAGUCCAUUAAAAAGUGAUAAAUCUGGACCCACCUCUAUGGACUUCAAGGACCUGGAACUCUGGAAAUAUUCCCAGGAUGAAGGUAGAACUCUUCACUAAAGACACUAAAGCUGCUGUAAAUUGAUGCACUACCACUAAUAUACUUUAUCACAACAUUAACGGGAGUCUGUUGUCACUUUUUAAUGUUUUAUUUUAAAAUUAUUAUUGUUGAACAGUAAAUCAGACGGUCUGAUUGUUGCUGGGAUGGAAUAUUCUGACUUUGACUCUUCUACUGUCAAAUGUUUUAUUACAAGCAAACAAUCACAACCUGAACAUAAUAAUACCUCAUUGUUAUUAUUAAUUGCAGAUAAUUAUUCUACAUCUGUCCAUAAUAAAAUGUAAAUGAUGUAGAUUGUAAAGCAGAGGAAUAAAACUGGACGUUAGAAACACUA